UCUCCUCCCAAUUCCGUUCUGUACUCUGCUCUCUGCUCUAGUAAGGGACUGCAACUCAUGGGGGCUUUAAGACUGCCCUCUCUUACAUCACUUUUUGCUACCUCCGCCAGGUCACCGUCGUUAUCUCGCCGGAGGCACCACCUCUGUCUUCCUCUACGGCCGCUCUCCGUGCAGAGCGGCACCCCCGAGAAGGAAAUAUCUCCGGAACUCGAUGGCCUAAAAGCGAACCAGAAUACUCGGAUCGUGGACAAAGAAAAGGACCGGGUCAUAACGCCACGCUCUCAGGACUUCAAUGCUUGGUACUUAGACAUCAUUUCCAAUGCGGAGCUCGCCGAUUACGGCCCUGUUCGCGGCACCAUGGUUAUCCGCCCUUACGGUUACGCUAUUUGGGAAGCUAUUCAAGAAUAUUUGAAUGUCAAGUUCAAGGAGACUGGUCAUAGCAAUAUGUAUUUUCCACAGUUUAUACCUUAUUCAUUCAUAGAGAAAGAAGCUAGUCAUGUUGAGGGGUUUAGUCCAGAAUUGGCGCUUGUCACUAUUGGAGGAGGAAAGGAGCUGGAGGAAAAGCUUGUGGUCCGGCCAACAAGUGAAACAAUUGUUAAUCACAUGUUCACUCAAUGGAUUCAUAGUUAUCGUGAUCUUCCGCUCAUGAUCAACCAGUGGGCAAAUGUCACAAGGUGGGAAAUGCGUACUAAACCAUUCAUAAGAACACUUGAAUUCCUCUGGCAAGAGGGCCACACUGCUCAUACCACUCUAGAGGAGGCAGAGAAAGAGGCAUUGCAGAUGAUUGAUGUCUAUACAAAAUUUGCUUAUGAGCAAGCUGCCAUACCUGUAAUUGCAGGUCGUAAAUCAAGGGUGGAAACAUUUGCUGGAGCUAAUAGAACCUACACAAUUGAGGCAAUGAUGGGUGAUCGAAAGGCUUUGCAGGCUGGAACAAGCCACAACCUUGGACAGAAUUUUUCCCAGGCCUUCGGGACUCAGUUUACAGAUGAAAAUGGACAAAGGCAACAUGUGUGGCAGACAUCAUGGGCUAUUAGCACGCGAUUUGUUGGAGGUAUUAUCAUGACUCAUGGGGAUGACACGGGCUUAAUGCUUCCACCUAAGCUGGCACCUGUACAGGUUGUGAUUGUCCCAAUAUGGAAGAAAGCAGAUGAGAGAACUGGAGUUUUUAAUGCUACAUCAUCAGUGAAAGACACACUGCAAGCAGCUGGAAUAAAGGUUAAGGUUGAUGACUCUGAUCAGAGAACACCUGGAUGGAAGUAUAACUUUUGGGAGAUGAAGGGAGUACCUUUAAGAAUUGAGAUUGGACCUCGUGAUGUGUCUAGUGGGACUGUGGUCAUUUCGAGAAGAGAUAUUCCUGGAAAACAAGGAAAAGUUUUCGGAAUAUCAAUGGAUUGUUCAAUUUUGGUUGCUUAUGUUAAAGGGUUGCUGGAUGAGAUUCAGAGUUGUCUACUGGAGAGGGCAACCUCCUUUCGAGAUUGUAAUAUUGUGGACGUUAGCUCUUAUGAUGAGCUUAAAGAAGCAAUAUCUCAAGGCAAAUGGGCUAGGGGUCCUUGGUCAGCUAGGGACGAAGAUGAGCUAAAGAUCAAAGAAGAGACGGGGGCUACCAUUAGAUGCUUUCCUUUCGAACAGCCCCAGGGGACAAAAUCAUGCCUGAUGACAGGCAGUCCGGCAGAAGAAGUGGCGAUUUUCGCCAAAUCUUACUAAAGAAUUCGUGUUGCAUUCUUCGGGAGUGCGGAGUUUGCCUUAUUCCUUCAUGUGGUACAGAGUUGUACUAUUGUUUUGUGAAUUGAUGUAUCCACUAAUUAGUUAGUUGCCUAAUGAUUAAUGUAGAUUUACAUCUAUAUGCCAAAUGAAUACUUCCCCUGCAUUUGGGGAAGUAGGAUUGGGUACUGUUGUGUCGACGGAUUGAAGGGUCGGCGCAAAUCAGCAUGUCUGGUGAUUGGGCCGGCUCAGUUCACGAUCUGCAAUGGAGGCCUGGAUUUUAUCAUAAUGGUCGCCCUUGAAGUCAUCAU